UAGGUCACCUUUGUACAAAUUUGCACUAUUUGAGAGACCAGAGGGGGGAAUACAGGUGUCACCUUUACCCAGGAAGUCCCAUGAACACCUUCUAAAUCUAAGUCUUUGCACGUAUGGAUGAGUGAUGGUCAUUGAAACAGCCAAAACCUCUACCACAGAACAAAAGAUAUAGCCCAAGAGGCAGCCAGGCAAUCCCACAACCAAGGGAUGGAUGACUACAACUACCAGGGCCACUAUGGGGGCUAUAACCCCAGUGAUGGCUAUUACCGUGGCGGUGAGUCCAACCCAGAAGAGGAUGCACAGAGUGAUGUCACAGAAGGUCAUGAUGAGGAGGAUGAGAUCUACGAGGGCGAGUACCAGGGCAUCCCUCACCCAGAUGACAUCAGAGUUAAACAGACCAAGAUGGCGGCCUCCAGGGCUGAUGGCUUUCGGGGCCGGGCAGAUAUGAUGGCUGAGAGGAUGGAAGAUGAGGAGCAGCUGGCCCACCAGUAUGAGACCAUCAUUGAGGAGUGUGGUCAUGGGCGCUUCCAGUGGAUCCUCUUUUUUGUCUUGGGUUUGGCACUGAUGGCUGAUGGAGUGGAGGUGUUUGUAGUGAGUUUUGCCUUGCCCAGUGCAGAGAAAGACAUGUGUCUGUCCAGUGCCAAGAAAGGAAUGCUCGGGCUGAUAGUGUACCUAGGAAUGAUGGCGGGGGCCUUCGUCCUGGGGGGCCUGGCCGAUAAGCUGGGGAGGAAGAGAGUCCUCAGCACAUCUCUGGCCAUCAACGCUUCCUUCGCCUCCCUGUCGUCCUUCGUGCAGGGAUACGGGGCCUUCCUCUUCUGCAGGCUCAUCUCAGGCAUAGGUAUUGGGGGUGCCCUGCCCAUUGUCUUUGCCUAUUUUUCUGAAUUCCUGUCCCGGGAAAAGCGAGGCGAGCACCUCAGUUGGUUGGGCAUCUUCUGGAUGACCGGCGGCCUCUACGCGUCUGCCAUGGCCUGGAGCAUCAUUCCACACUACGGCUGGGGCUUCAGCAUGGGCACCAAUUACCACUUCCACAGCUGGAGAGUGUUCGUGAUCGUCUGCGCGCUGCCCUGCACCGUGUCCCUGCUGGCCUUGAAGUUCAUGCCCGAGAGCCCGAGGUUUCUGCUGGAGAUGGGUAAACAUGACGAAGCCUGGAUGAUUCUCAAGCGAGUCCAUGACACCAACAUGAGGGCUAAAGGGACUCCAGAGAAGGUGUUCACGGUUUCCAACAUCAAGACUCCCAAGCAAAUGGAUGAAUUCAUAGAGAUCCAAAGUUCGACAGGAACUUGGUACCAGCGCUGGUUGGUCAGGUUCACAACCACUUUCAAGCAGGUGUGGGAUAAUGCCCUCUACUGUGUGAUGGGGCCCUUCAGGAUGAACACGCUGAUUCUGGCAGUGGUCUGGUUCACCAUGGCCUUAAGCUACUAUGGACUGACAGUUUGGUUCCCUGACAUGAUCCGCUAUUAUCAAGAUGAAGAAUACAAAUCCAAAAUGAAGGUAUUUUUCGGGGAACACGUAUAUGGUGCCACCAUCAACUUCACGAUGGAAAAUCAGAUUCACCAACAUGGGAAACUUGUGAAUGAUAAGUUCACAAAGAUGUACUUUAAGCAUGUAGUCUUUGAGGACACGCUGUUUGACAUGUGCACUUUUGAAGAUGUUUCAUCUACGGAUACCUAUUUCAAGAAUUGCACCAUCGAAUCAACCACCUUUUAUAACACAGACCUCUACAAGCACAAGUUUAUCAACUGCCGGUUUAUCAAUUCCACCUUUCUGGAGCAGAAGGAGGGCUGCCACAUGGACUUCGAGCAAGAUAACGACUUCCUGAUUUACCUGGUUAGCUUCCUUGGCAGCCUGUCUGUCUUGCCUGGAAACAUCAUCUCUGCUCUGCUCAUGGAUAGAAUUGGAAGGCUCAAGAUGAUGGGCGGCUCCAUGCUCAUCUCUGCCGUCUGCUGCUUCUUCCUCUUCUUCGGCAACAGCGAGUCGGCGAUGAUCGGCUGGCAGUGCCUGUUCUGCGGGACCAGCAUCGCCGCCUGGAACGCUCUGGAUGUCAUCACAGUGGAGCUGUACCCCACCAACCAGAGGGCAACAGCCUUUGGCAUCCUCAAUGGGCUGUGCAAGUUUGGCGCCAUUUUGGGAAACACCAUCUUUGCUUCUUUUGUUGGGAUAACCAAAGUGAUCCCCAUCCUCCUGGCGGCCGCCUCCCUCGUUGGGGGUGGCCUGAUUGCCCUCCGACUGCCAGAGACGCGGGAACAGGUCCUGAUGUGAACAAGCUGCGGGGAAAGAAGUGUCAGAAGAGCCUUGUCCAGGAACCUGACAUGCACUCACGCCUCCUGUCUGUCGCUGUCCAGAGAA